AAAGUGGGCGAAUUAUAGCUAGACAAGACAUAUUCAAAAUGCAAGGACUACUAAAGCUCUUUCUUCUAGCUGGUCUCUUUACUAUUUCCCUAGCUCAGUGCUCAGGAAACUUUACUAGCUCUACACAGCAAGUUACCCUAGAUUGGACUGUCAUUGAUAGCAACACUGUCAACUUUAUAUACACUGCUCCUUCUACUAGCUCUCAAUAUACUGCUUUGGCUUUCUCUAACCAACUCAUAACCUCUGCAUUAAGUUUGGCUAAUGUUGAUGCUGUAUAUGCUGGAGAUAAUGGAGCAGUUUCUUUUGUGCAAGACAGGUGGAUUGAAAGUGCAUUGAGUAAUCAGUUAGAUGCAGAACAGAAUCUUCAAAAUACAAGUGCUUCAUUAAGUGAUGACUUCCUCACAGUUAAUUUCACUCGUCCAAUAAUCAGUCCUGAUAAGAAUCAAGACCUUGAUCUUAACACGUGUAAAUAUGUUAUCUAUUUAUUCAAUGGAACAGGAGCAGUCAGCUCAAUUCCAUCACUUGAUAGUUUAGGAUUUGGUAUGUUCCCCAUGCAGUUGUGUCUUCAAUACUGUGAAGAUGUUCCUUCCCCCUCUACUACUACUCCUUCCUCAACUGGUGCUGUGACAAUUAGUACAACAUCUGUUCAAAGUUCCCCCUCAUUUAGCAGUGGAUCCAGUGGUGUGAGUGCUACUCCUACUGCUACUCCUACUAGUACUCCCAGUGGAGCUAGUGCAGGAAUGAUUGCUUCAAUUUUGCUUAUUAUGAUUGCUGUUGCCAUUGUCCUUUAUGUUUAAUACAAUGUAGACUGAACAUUUGAAUUGUGUUCAAUCCUUGAACUUGUUUUGAGAACUGAUAGUAAUGUUUAUGCAGUUGUUGUAGAUAUAAAUUAAUUAUU